AUGUAUCAAUGGAGGAAAUUCGAGUUCUUUGAGGAGAAAUACGCCGGAAAAAUCUAUGGAUUCCAAGCUCACACUUCCUCUGUUUUAUUCAUUCAACAACUCAAGCAACGCAACUUCCUACUAACUGUUGGAGAAGAUGAACAAAUAUCUCCACAAUUAUCAUCUGUAUGCCUCAAGGUUUUUGACCUAGAUAAAACUCAACCAGAGGGUACAAGCACACCAAUUCCUGAUUGUAUCCAAAUACUACGAAUAUUCACAAAUCAAUUCCCAGAAGCAAAGAUAACAUCAUUUCUAGUUCUAGAAGAAGCUCCACCAAUAUUGCUGAUAGCUAUUGGACUAGACAAUGGUUGCAUUUAUUGCAUCCAAGGUGAUAUUGCACGUGAACGUAUCAAACGAUUCAUGCUUCAAGUGGAGAAAAGUCAAGAUAAAUCCCAAUGUGGUAUUACUGGAAUGGGUUUUCGUGUUGAUGGGAAAGCUUUUCAUUUGUUUGCAGUUACUCCAACUUCUGUAAGCUUGUUUAACUUGCAGACUCAGCCAGCUGGUCGACAAACCCUAGAUCACAUUGGGAGUAAUGUGAAUAGUGUUGCCAUGAAUGAUCGCCUGGAGCUUAUCAUUGGUCGACCUGAGGCAGUAUAUUUCUAUGAAGUUGAUGGUAGAGGUCCAUGUUGGGCUUUUGAAGGAGAAAAGAAGUUCCUCGGGUGGUUUCGUGGAUACCUGUUAUGUGUAAUUGCAGACCAAAGAAGUGGCUCAAACACCUUCAACAUCUAUGACCUCAAAAACCGUUUAAUUGCACACAGUAUAGUAACCAAAGAAGUCUCCCAUAUGCUUUGUGAAUGGGGAAGCAUCCUCCUUAUCAUGAACGAUAAAUCGGCUUUAUGUAUUGGAGAAAAAGACAUGGAAAGCAAACUCGACAUGCUUUUCAAAAAAAACCUUUACACAGUCGCCAUUAAUCUUGUUCAAAGUCAACAAGCUGAUGCAGCUGCAACUGCUGAAGUUUUAAGAAAAUAUGGUGAUCAUUUAUACAUGAAGCAAGAUUUUGAUGAAGCCAUGAGUCAAUACAUUCAUACAAUUGGUCAUCUAGAACCUUCUUAUGUCAUCCAGAAGUUCCUAGAUGCACAAAGAAUCUACAACCUCACAAAUUACCUCGAGAAGCUACACGAAAAGGGUCUCGCGUCAAAAGACCAUACUACCCUUCUAUUAAACUGUUACACCAAAUUGAAAGAUGUUGACAAGUUGAAUGUUUUCAUCAAAAGUGAAGAUGGUGAGAUUAAAUUUGAUGUGGAAACCGCGAUUAGGGUUUGUAGAGCUGCGAAUUAUCAUGAACAUGCAAUGUUUGUUGCUAAAAAAAGUGGAAGACAUGAAUGGUAUUUAAAGAUUUUGCUUGAGGAUUUGGGAAGAUAUGAUGAGGCUUUGCAGUAUAUUUCUAGCCUUGACCAAAGUCAAAGUGGGGUCACUGUUAAAGAAUAUGGAAAGAUUCUUAUUGAGCAUAAACCAAUGGAAACAAUUGAAAUCCUCAUGGGACUUUGCACUGAAGGGGGGGCAUCAUAUUCCUAUAUGCUACCUUCACCCGUUGACUUUCUCAACAUUUUUGUUCAUUAUCCAAGAUCUUUAAUGAAUUUUCUUGAAAAGUAUAUAACAAAAGUCAAAGAUUCACCCGCACAAGUCGAAAUUCACAACACUUUAUUGGAAUUAUACUUGUCAAGUGACUUAAACUUCCCAUCAAUGUCGCUAGAAAAUGGCACAACAACUACUUCAAAUGGAAAUGGGAAAUUAGUCGAAUUACCUAAAGAAGAUACAAAAAACAUGGAAAAUGAUCAUGAAGAAAGGCUUCAAAAAGGGCUUUUGUUGUUGAAAACCGCAUGGCCUUUGGAUCAAGAACAACCGUUGUACGAUGUUGAUUUGGCUAUAAUCUUAUGUGAAAUGAAUUCUUUUAAAGAAGGGCUUUUGUAUCUUUAUGAAAAGUUGAAACUUUAUAAAGAGGUGAUUGCUUGUUACAUGAGGUCACAUGAUCAUGAAGGCUUGAUUGGUUGUUGUAAGAGGUUAGGGGAUUCAGGGAAGGGUGGUGAUCCGACUUUAUGGGCUGAUUUAUUGAAGUAUUUUGGUGAAUUAGGUGAAGAAUGUUCAAAAGAAGUAAGAGAAGUUUUGAAUUAUAUUGAAAGAGAUGAGAUUUUGCCUCCUAUUAUGGUUUUACAAACACUUUCUUCAAAUCCAUGUCUUACUCUUUCUGUUAUUCGGGAUUAUAUUGCUAGAAAAUUGGAACAUGAGUCAAAGCUUAUUGAAGAGGAUCGUCGCAUGAUUGAUAAAUACCAGGAUUUAAGAACAAAUGCAAGAAUCUUUCAACUAAGCAAAUGUACUGCUUGUACUUUCACACUUGAUCUGCCAGCUGUCCACUUCAUGUGUAUGCAUUCUUUUCAUCAACGUUGUCUUGGAGACAAUGAAAAAGAAUGUCCCGAAUGUGCCCCUGAGUACAGAUCUGUUGUUGAAAUGAAAAGAAACUUGGAACAAAAUUCCAAGAAUCAAGAUCAGUUUUUCAAGCAAGUUAAGAAUUCAAAAGAUGGAUUUUCAGUAAUUGCUGAGUAUUUUGGAAAAGGGAUUAUUAGCAAAACUAGUAAAAAGGAAUCAGGAGGAUCUUUAAAUUCAAACGCUAAUUCCACCCGUGGUUUCUGA